AUGCGACUCGAAAAUAUUCAUGCACUUACCAUAUGUAAUCAUUAUGUCAUCAGCAAUCGUUAUAUUGCUAGUCAACUUUGCCAUAUUUUUCCACGUGUGAAAAAAUUACAUGUAUCGGUGAACCGACUCGACGAUAUGAUAAUUUUAAUUGAUGGAUUCAAACAUUUAUCGAGUGCAUCAUUCAUGUUCAAGUCUUUAUUCAGUAAUGACAAACAAGAUCUAUGGCAAAAGAUUAAUACAAUAGUCAAUGGUGUUUAUCGUUUAGAAGACUCAUGUCUUCAUAUGUGGAUUGAAAAUCGGAUGGAUAUUUCACAGAAAAAAAAUAUUUCAAAUAUUAGUUGGUCACAACGAUUAGAAAAGUUUUGGCAUUAUCUUGAUUUUAUGUUGAGUCAAGAGUCACCGCUUUCUAAAUUCUUUACUAUUUUCUUGAUCGCUUAUCUACACAAUAUCGUGACGCAAAUGUGGAUCUACUUAAUGCCUUAUAUUGCAUUAAAUUUAUUUGUUUGUCAGACGAUACUUGGCAGUUCUUCCUUUACAUAUCUUAGUCCAAUUGGUUCAUUAUUCUCCAAAUACGUUGAUCGACCGUCUACAUAUUUAUUUGGUUACUUAUUCGUUUCAAUAAUUAUCAUCAUUGGUUAUAUCUUUGCCGACGAGUGGAAAUUAAUGAUUGCAGAUACUAUGAAAGAUAAUGUCGUUGUCUAUCACGAUCUUAUUCGAUCGAUUCUUCUUAGUAUAAGUGGCUAUUUCCAUGCACUUGGUGGAUAUCUCACCUGCUCGAUAAUACAAUUUCCAGUACGACAACAGCCACCACUAAUACGACAAGCACUGCAACAACAACAAACACAACCACUACUACAGCCAGCAGCAACACCACAACAAUCACGUCAACUACCACACAAACUGCAACUUCAACAAGUAAGACAUUGGUGGGAUAGCACAUGA